UUUUCAGACAUUUUAAAUGAGCUACGCGUGCGAUGCCGAGAUGCUAAUGCUAUUGCUAGUAAUGUUGCGACUGGUUUUCUGUAUAUUUACUCGCCAGACAUGUUAUUAAACUGCGCAGUGACCACCGUGUUUGUAUUGUGCUUUUGCUUUAGUUUUUCCUCAUCAUUAUUGUUACAUAUAUAUGGACUUGACUGAAAGAGAUGUUUCGAUGCAGCAUUUAAAGGGCGCAGCAAUGAUGCAGAUUAGGCGUUAUACCAACUUUUCAACGCAAAAGAGGUUCUUAUGUAUCAAACUUUACAUCUAAGUUGGCAUACUAUAUCAUUUACAGCGUUACCGUUUCAAAUCAAUUUGUAAUUAGAAAUAAAUGCGCAUCUGAUGUGAAUGGGUGAAUGACUGUGUUGUAAAGCGCCUUGGGGGUUCCAGCAUGUAUGGCGGCUUGUGGUCUGUGAAUUGACUUCAGCUGUAGAGAAAUCAAAUCGAGAACGUGGUAUUAGCCAGUGUUAAUGGACGUUUAAAUACAUUUAUUCGCUUUGGGGUGUUUAAGUUAUUUCAGCAGUUAAGUUGAGUUUGUGGAUAGAGGAGUGUGGGUUUAAUGUUUUGUAGGUUAGGAGAUUCUGUGCAUCACACUUUUUUUUUGUAAUAUUUAUUAUACUGUUGUAACAAGAUUAUUUUAUCCCAAUGCUAGCGUUUGCAGCAAGCUCAACAGUUAUUUGCUUACAGAUUAACCAUUUGACCUCCCUGAAAUCGUGUAUUUUAAAAACAAAGAGGAUUUUUUUUCUCUCUGUCAUAGUUUGUUUGCAAAAGGAUUAUUUUAAUCAUUCCAUAUAUUUUUAUUUACCCUUACUACAUAUAGUUGACAAACUUCAUAACACAAACAGCAAACAUUUCUUUUUCUGACCCACAUUCAUGUUCUUGUCCACAUCACUAAAAUGAAAUUGCAAUUUUGUACAUAUAUCUGAAGCACUUAUCUUAGUUUAAUCAUGUGGCUGUACAUUAAUAGGGGGUAUGAUUUAAAAUUACUGUCUAAAGGAGCUGUGUGCAACCCAACAUGUAGAGCAGACAUUAUUGAAUAUUUUAAAUACAUUAUGUAGAGGUCAAGUCCAGUACUCGAACUCCUGAGGCUAGACCGGGACCUGGUUGACACUCUGUGUUGAUCCGAUGUUGACUAAUUUAAUUACUUAAAAAACAGCCUUAAGCGUGGAAUUGUUAUGAUAAUGCUUGUUUAAUGUUGAUUGCAUUCCAGGUGAAUGAUAGGAGUAAUUGCUAACUUUCCCAUUCAAACGUCUUCACGCCACAGCGGUCAAAAACCUGUUUGCUCUUCCGGAAUAGUGCCUGACGCCAACAAUGACAUCACUACCUUUAUUCCGAUCAGUAACAAUGACACGCCCACAUAUCAGUUAAGACAUCGAGACCAAAGAAAAGGAAACAACAUAUUUGGCUCCUACACAUUACAUUAAGUGUACAGUGGAAACCCUGUUCAACUCUAACUCCUGUGGUAAGUUCUGGUUGUUGUAAUAGAAUCCAAACUUUAAACCUCUGUCUAACAUGUUUUAGAGAGGAGAAUUAAGGGAAGUUUACCCUCAAUCAUAUAUGUUGUUACAUUCACUUAUUAUUGAUAAAUGACAUGCACUUGUAUAUCACCUUUCAGAGUUAGAGGACUCCAAAGCGCUUUAUACUACAGUGAAUCAUUCAUCCAUUCACACAUACACAUUCACACGCUGAUGGUGAUGAGCUACAUUGUAGCCACAGCUGCCCUGGGGCACACUGACAGAAGCAAGGCUGCCGAGCACGGGCGCCACCGGUCCCUCCGACCACCACCAGCAGGCAAGGCUAUUGAAGAUGAAGGUGGGGACAGUGAAAACUUUGAAAUUCAGCUUUCUACUGAGACACCACCAAGGAAAAGUGGGAAAGCGAAGGGGAAGAGGGUAGAUUCUGAUCUGGACACGACAACAGAAGAGUGCUCCUUUUCCAAGGAAGCCGAUGAGUAUGAAUCAGAAAAAGAUGUAACUGAUACAGAUGAUGGUAGUCGUGAAAAUUCUAAACCUCCACCCUGUGAGGACAGCCUUGCUCACUCUGAGGCUGAACCAGCGUUAGAAGUUAUGGCGGCUGAUGCAGAUUCAGAGCCUGAUCCAGAGGUAGAUGAGGAGACGGAGCCAGAGGCAGAUGAAGACGCUGACCCCGACGCUGAUCCUGAUCCAGAUCCAGAGGCUGAGAGUGAAGUGGUUGAGGUGCAUGCUGAAGCCCAGUGUUCCUCCAGAGAUGUAGAAGAUGAUCACCUGUCUGUCUCAAUCCCAAAUGAAGAUGCCAUCACCCUAGAGGUUGAUGGCGAUGAUCUCCUGGAAACAGGUAAACAAGUGAAACUUCCAGAUCCAGAAGCAGACAAGAGCCCUGAUGAGAUGGAGACCAGUGCUGACAUGAGUCCAGAACAUGGCAUGAAGGAUGAAAAGGAGGGCCACCAAGAUGGUAAGAAAGAUGAUGGAUCCAGAUGUGACCCCACAAUGAACGACGACAGAGAUGACGCAAUGAAAGCCAACUCCGAAGACAAAGACAAAGACAAGGAUUCUGGGAAGAAAGGCCUUUCUGCUACAGGGGCCUCAGGUCAAGCAAAGAGCUCCUCAAGAGAUCAAGAUGGGAAAGCUGCAAAAGAGGAAAACGCAGUUGUCAGCAGCAGCACCUCUUCCCGUAACAUAUGGGUGAGCGGCCUGUCCUCAAACACCAAAGCAGCUGAUCUGAAGAAUCUGUUUGGAAAAUAUGGAAAGGUUUUAAGUGCCAAGGUGGUUACAAAUGCUCGCAGUCCUGGUUCACGAUGUUACGGCUUGGUGACGAUGUCUUCUAGCACGGAGGUGGCGCGCUGUAUUUCCCACCUCGACUUUACGGAGCUUCAUGGGCAGCAGAUAUAUGUUGAAAGGGCCAAAAAUGAUCCAUUCAAAAAGGAACCCAAGGAAUCAAAGAAGGAAGUGGAAGACAAAUCAAGUUCCAGCAAACCAAAUAAGCACAGCUCCACUGGGACAAAACCAGCAAACAAACUGUCGCCAUCUUGUAAAAAAGAAGAUAAGAAAUCUGACAAGCAGUCGGAUAAAGGCAAAGAUUCAAUCAAAAAUCAGGAAUCUAAAGGUAAAAAGUCUGGGCCAGUUUCAUCCAACUCGGGACUAGAUUCUGCAAAGAAAGAAGACAAAAAGCGUGGCCGAACAAAGAGCCCAGACAAGCCCUCUGUUAAUACCAAUGUUCAAAGGCAGCCAAGGGGGUUAAUUCCUCCAGAAGAGUUGGCAUUAAUAAGAAAACAGCAGCUUUUUUCCAACAAAGGAGAGGACUUUCAGAUCUUGCCUUUUGAUAAGUUGAAAGAGCAGAAACAGGAACAGGAACGGAUGGAGCGUUUUCAUGCCGCAACAGAGAUGCGCAGGCGGCGUGAAAAUGUAGAACGGGAACGCCAGGAGCGUGAGCGAAUCCGUCUGAUGCGGGAACGGGAACGCCUAUUCCAGGAGCGACAGAGACUGGAGUUUGAGAAACAAAAGCUGGAAAGAGAACGCUUUGAGAGAGAGAGGCUUGAAAGGGAGCGAAUCCGCCUGGAGCAGGAAAGACGCAAAGAGGCCGAGCGCAUGGCCCGUGAACGAGAGGAGCUUCGCCGGCAGCAGGAGCAGCUCAGAUUUGAACAGGAAAAGAGAAACAACCUGAAGAGAGGCCGUGAGGUGGAACAUGGUCGGCGUGAUGGUCCUUACUGGAAUGGAAACAAGAAGGUGCAGCCUGAGUCCGAGGUCCGUUUGAACCAGGGCUCCAGUUACAACCGGCAGCAGAACCGCUUUCAAAACAUUGAUUCCCACGAGAGAGGCCGUUUUCCAGAUGCUGGAAUCCAACAGUCUAAUGCAUAUGACAGGCGUAGUCGGUUUGAAGGUGAGCCAGAGGCAAAGAAGAGCCGCCCAGCUCCUCACAGAGAAGCCUCGAGCUUUGAUAGAUAUCCAAAGGACUUCAACACCGUUCGCAGACCGGAACCACCUCCACGUGCAGACACCGAUCGCAGGGACAGAGACGACAGGCGUCCGACGCCCAUGCACGAUCGUCCUAUGAGUGCACGGCCUACGAUGUCUGCUGUGUCGCACAGCCGCACACCAAGAGAUGGGGGGCAGGGAUGGAAGAGUGAUGGAGGAAUUAACUCAAGCAAGGGAGAAAUACGAGGACCAAUGCGUCUGCGUACAGAACGACCAGGCGGAGACGGGUCCUCAAUAAAUCGUGGAAGGAGCAGCUUCUCUGAUCGAGAUGAGAGGAGACCGAUGGCAAUGAAUGAUCAGCCUUUUAGCUCUGGCCGACAGGUUGUGGUGGAGCGCCAUAGCAGGGAGCAAGGACUGAGGAAAGAGUGGCACAGCGGUUCCAGCUCCCAGGGAGGGGUCUUCUCCAACAACUGUAGGAUGGGAGACAGCCGCAGUGGCAUGAUGGCUGCUUCUAGUCACUCAUCAGGAUUGAGCCGAGUUGUACAGAUCACUAGCUCGAUUCCCGGUGGUAGCACCGUGGGUGGAUUCAAGUCCUUCAAAGGAACAUCACGGCCAUUCUAACAGCAACUGACUUUUUCCACUUUAAACCAUCAAAUAUUUGAAGAAUUUUUGGGUUUUAUUUUUAAAAGUAGAACAGAUUGGUGGCUCGUUUGCAGCCGUGAGGUUGAUGGAACUAUUUUAUUGUUUAAAAAGUGUUGACCUCAGUCUGGAGUUUUCCACAGUUCUGCUGUUAUGAAAAAACCCUGUUAAUAUGUUUUCAUACUUAAGAUGAUAUUGUAAAGCCUUCGGUCUUUGUAACACGUUUGUUAUUAGUAUGUUUCCAAUAGUGUACCGUCAACUCAGUUUUUCUGUAUAGUGUGUUGAGGUCAACAUCGUUCUGAAUUUGUUUUUUUUUUUUAAUCAUUUGUUUUAACUUCAGUCCUGGUGUAGUUUUAUUUUGUAGAGAUUGAAGUAGCUUAAACAGAAGGUCAAGUUGGUGCUUGUCCUGCAUCACAGUUUGUGACGUUUGUUGGAACUCACACUGGUCUGUUUGGAGUUUUCCUCCUAAACUAAACCGGCACAGUUUAAAGUCGGAGGGUCUUUUUUAGUGUCUCAUCACUGAGUUACUUCAGUAACUGCUUAAAUUAGCAGACUAGAUUUUUCCGUUUUACUAGAACUGAAUUGUUUGGGAGCCCAGUCUGAAGGUUUUGAAUUGGAAUGUGUUGAUGCAGUACGAAAAACAAAGUGGACUAAAUAACUUCAGUAAAGUUGAUUUUUGUCAUUUCAA